AUGGGGCUGAAGGAAUGCAUGAUUGAGUUGGAUAAUCCGUACAACACGUACUACGCCGGCCAGACGGUGAACGGUAGAGUGACGUUUACGUUCGAUUCGGCAAAGAAAAUACGGGGCAUUGUAAUCAAGUUUGCCGGUGAAGCAGAAACCAAAUGGAGCGUAACGGAAACGAAGACCGAUCCGAACGGCAAACAGUACGAAUCGACGACUAAUCUAACCGGCCAGGAGGAAUACUUCCAGAUACAGUAUUACCUGCUCGGUGGCAAGAAUGCAGCCGAAACUGAACUAGCGCCAGGAACGCACACCUACCCGUUCACCUGCGCUCUUCCGCCUACCCUGCCGUCUUCAUUCGAAGGCGAAUGGGGUUUUGUACGCUACACGGUCAAGGUGACGCUCGAUCGGCCAUGGAAGUUUGACCAGGAUGUCAAGAUGGCAUUCACCGUCAUUUCGCCCGUUGAUCUAAACCUGAAUCCACGCGUUAAAGACCCGUUCAAGCUGGAAUUGGAGAAAACGUUCUGCUGCUUCUGCUGCGCUUCCGGGCCACUGAACGUGAUCGUUCACGUCCCGGUGACCGGAUUCGUUUCCGGCCAAUCGGUCCCUGUGACGAUCGAGUGUGACAAUGCGAGCAACGUUCGCGUCGAUAACAUCACGAUAAAUUUACGCAAGCUGCUUGCCUUCCACGUGCACACGCCGAGGCGUGAAACGAAGCGCAAGAAGGAGUUGGUCACUAGCAUUUCGAUGGGUCCGAUCGAGGCGGGCAACAGCCAAACGUGGCAACAAUUUAUAACGAUACCACCACUACCACCAUCGAACCUGGUCAACUGUGGUAUCAUUGAUGUCGAUUACGAUAUCAAAGUGAUUGCCGAAGCGUCCGGCAUGCAUGCCGACCUGGACGGUAACAUACCGAUCGUGCUCGGUACGGUACCGCUCGAGUCGUUCCAACCACCACCGCCGUACACGGAUAAUCCGCAAAUGCAAGCGGUCGAUAUUAUCGCGACCGAAACCGAUCCUUCCAUGUUACCGACACAACCAGUCAGUCCGGCCAGCCCACCCAGCAACGGUGCUGGCGGUGCGCUUGGUUGGAACAUUGGCAACAACAAAGCUUAUCCCAACAUACCUCCACCGACGUUCGCUGAAACUUCGUAUAAAGCACCGACGAUUUCCGGCAAAAAUGACUCCGAAUUUACGCGCAUCGUCGGCGGAGCGGAAUAUGCUCCCCGGUAUCCAACGUAUGCGUUUACGCCAACUGCACCGCCUCCUCCUAAUUAUUGA